AGAACCAAUUUAAUUUACCAGUCAAGACGCACUAGCCAAAGUAUUUGCCGGUUACCAUGAAGUCUCUGGUAUGCUUGAUGCUGAUCUCCGUGGCGUUGGCCGCUGCAGAGGAAGACAAAAAAACGGUGGAAAAGCGAGGUCUGUAUGGUUUGGGCUAUGGUGGUGAAGGGCUGUACGGUGGAGAAUUGGACCACGGGAAAGUAGCGAUCGCGAUUCAGGAGAAGCCUGUGGCUGUUCCGGUUCCAGUCCCGAAACCGUACCCAGUCCCCGUUGACAGACCAUACCCUGUAAAGGUACCAGUCGCAGUCCCUCAACCGGUCCCAGUGCCAGUUCCGGUCCCCAAACCAUACCCAGUAAUACAAACCAAAACUGUCGCGGUUCCCGUCGAAAAACCAGUUCCAGUCACGGUUCCAGUUAAGGUUCCAGUGCCUGUGCCCGCCCCAUACCCCGUCAAGGUACCAGUCGCUCAUCCGUAUCCAGUCGAAGUUCCCAAGCCAGUUCCAGUGGUCGUUAAACAACCAGUCCUCGUCAAGGAGCCAACUCCCGUUUUCCUCAAAGGAUACGAACACUUUGUACACUAGAAUGAAUUUCCCCUUCAA